AUGCCUCCGACCCAGCCCCCAACGUUCCUCCUCGUAACCGGCUCCUUCGCCCUCCCCAGCAUGUACGAACCCGUCCUCUCCCUCUUGCCCCGACACCUAACCCUGCACGUGCCGCACCUGCGCACCGUCUCCCCCGGCCGCGACCGAUCCGGCACCGUCCCCGCGCCCACCAUGUCCGACGACGCGGCCUACAUCGCGUCCGAAAUCCGCAAGUUGGCGGACGACAAGGGAACGGAUAUCGUGUUGUUGGCGCAUAGUUAUGGCGGGGUGCCGAUGAGUGAGUGUUUGGGGUUGGAGGGGGUGGUGAAGAGUGAGAGAGCCAAGGAGGGGAAGAGGGGUGGGGUGGUGAGGGCGGGGUAUUUGACUUGUUUGGUGCCUGAGGUCGGGGGGACGGCGAUGGGGGUGCUGGGGGAGGUGAAGGAGGAGGAUCGCUUGGUGUUCAAGGUGUUGGACGACGGCUGGAUGUACCACGAAGACCUCAAUCGCACGCGCGACGUCGUGUGCUCCAACAUGAAGCCCGAGGAUGCGGAUCCCUGGUUCGCCAACUGGCCGCGACAUUCGGCCAUCAGCUUUGCGGGCGAGUUGACGCACGCCGGGUACAAGAAUGUGCCCGUCAGCUAUCUGCUGUGUGAGGGAGAUAGGUGUGUCCCGCCUGAUGUGCAGAGGAAGGGGAUCGAGACGAUCGAGAAGGCGAGUGGGAGCAAGGUUGACGUUACGUCGGUUGCGGCGGACCAUGCGCCGAAUGUGAGCGCGCCGCAGACAGUGGUGAAUUGGAUUGUGAAGAUGGCCGAGAUGGAGUCUUCGUAG